AUGGACACUACCGUACGUGCCAAGCUUGGAAUAAUUCCAGACGAUGUGAAAUUUGGAGCCCAGUCGAACGCUGUAUUCAACAAGCAACAAGCGGAUUUCAUGAAACCCAAUUGGGAUACGGUCGAUGGACUCCUGAUGAACGGCACCAACGUCAUUGUCUACAAUGGAAAUCAAGACUUAAUAUGUGACACCAUCGGCACUGAAACGUGGAUGAACAGGUUGACAUGGCCUGGAAUGUCGUCUUAUAAAACGGCUAGGAAGACGAAGUUUAGCACAAAGUCUUUUCCUUUAGCCGGAUUCAAGAAACGAUAUGAAAACCUUUCAUUCUAUCUGCUCCUGAGAGCAGGGCACAUGGUAGGUUUACUGUGA